GAUUAUAUGAAGGUGUUAGUGUGUGGUGUAGAGUGUCGUCAGUGUAGUAACCCACAUUCCUGGCUCUUGGUACGCUGAUGUAGUGUCACUCAACCAACAGUUGAACAUUUUGAGUCCCUUUUCGACGUAGUUUUCACGAGAGUCUUUGACGAGGCUGUACCUUUCGGUGACAUAAUCUGCUCCUGCCUCCUGACUGGGUGGGUGAUGGGGAGUGAAUUUUAUACACCUAACUAAUGACUAGAUGCAGUGGUGGAUAGUAGUGUUGGUGUGUGCUGCACUACUGCAGACAGUGGUAGCCACCAAAGUGCUCUUCCUGGGACCUGUCUCUUUACGAAGUCACAAGAACUUUUACAUGGGCAUUGUUAAUGCCUUGGCUGAUGAUAACAUCCAGGUUACAAUGGUGUCGCCAUUCAAGUCAUCAAAAGUUCGAGAAAAUGUUCAUGAGGUAGUCCUCUCAGGCGGGGAUCUUUCUCAUCACACUCCAAAUUUUUUUAAGGAAAAUAAAAUGAAUUCUUUUAUGACAAUGAUAAACAUUAUGCCGAGCCUUUGCGUUGAUGCUCUGGAAAAGGAAGAAGCUCAAAAUUUAUUGAAGGAAGAUUUUGAUUUGGUUCUCCUCAGCGUGUUCAUGUCUGAUUGUUUCUUGUCAAUAGUUCAUCAGAUGAAGAUUCCUUUUAUAUACGUGAGCCCACCAGGGUUGAUAUCACCACUGCCAUCAAUAAUAGGAAACACACGCUUUCCCUCCUAUGAUGCAAACAUGAUGAUGGACUUCAAACAUCCUAUGACGUUCAUGGAGAGAACAAUCAGCACGCUCUCUGACAUUGCUUUGGACGCUAUAUUCUAUUACUAUAUAUCUCCAGCAACAGAAUCUGAAUGUCGUCGUCGCGGCCUUUGUCCAGAUGAUAUGCCCAGCUUUUUGGAAAUCGGUUCAAAUACAAGUCUUGUACUGAUAAAUAGCAUACAAACCGUCGAUUAUCCAGCUCGUCCUGUUGUUCCUGCAGUGGUGCAUUGUGGUGGCAUACAUCUGCGUCCUGCACAGCCUCUCUCACAAGAUCUAGAAGACUGGGUACAAGAUGCUGGUGAUGCUGGCUUCAUCUUCUUCAGUCUUGGGUCAGCUGUCACGCCCUCCAGUAUGCCAGAGGAGUACCGCACAAUCUUUGUUCAAGUGUUUGCCUCCCUCAAGCAGAGAGUCUUGUGGAAGUGGGAUAAUGACACUAUGGAUGACCUUCCACCAAAUGUCCGUCUUGGCAAGUGGCUCCCACAACAAGAUAUUCUUGGUGACCCUCGCUUGCGUUUGUUCAUCACACACGGUGGGUUGCUGAGCACCUUGGAGUCCAUGUACCACGGUGUGGCGGUGCUGGGAAUGCCUGUGUUUGCUGACCAGCAUUCCAACAUGAACAUGGUGCAGAGGAACGGCUGGGGCAAAGUUCUUCUCUGGGAACAACUUUCCUUUGAUAAUCUCAAGAAUAUGAUCAACAUCAUCUUGAAUGAUGAAAGCAUGAGAGCUGAAGUAGCAAGAAGGUCCAAAGUUAUGAAAGAUCGUCCACAGGAUCCAGCAGAAGUGGCCCUCUACUGGACCAAGUAUGUAAUACGACACAAGGGAGCCCCACAUCUCCGAUGUCCUGCGUCCACCAUGACUUGGUAUCAGUUGUAUAACGUGGACGUCUGGGCAUCAGUGACUGUGUUGGUCAUCAUUCUAAGCUACAUCUUAUUACGACUUGUAGUUUCCUUGUGUUCCUGGCUUUGUUUCUCCACCUCUAAAGCAAAAAUUGAUUAAGAUUAAUUCUGACUAGUUUUUUUUUCAAUCUUUUAUAUUUGAAAAAUCUUUUAACGCUGUGAGCUUCAUAAGUUCCAUUCACUCAAAUGCUUCCCUCAGAGACUAAUAUUAUAAUAUCUAUGAAUAAUUAUCACCAGUUAUUCAUAACGUCCCACUACCCAAACAUAUUAUAGAGAAUAAAUUGUGAGUAUCAUAACAAGAUGUGUGUCGGUCGUCGAGUGAUCCCAACAGUGUAUCUCUGUAUUUCUGAAGGUCCUUCGCCCCUCUUCCUCAAUAUACACAAAAAAGAACAGUAUAGAGUGAGACAUUAUACACUAAUGCAGUUGCCUAACAAUGUUCAGGAUCUGAGACCGAUCAGGAGAGGCAAUCACAAAUUUUCGCAUGAAAACGGAAUAACAGUUUUGCUAAUUUCUAACAUUUAAAUAGCAUAUUGACACCUACCCAAACCCACCUUUAAGUAAGAUAAAUCAGCUUUUAAGGUUUACAGCUGAUGAGGGAAGCAUUCUCCAGUCAUUGCACGGAAAUUAAUUUAUAAAAAAGAAUAUUGGAAAAUGAGACUUGACCCAAAAUCAAGGAGAAGCCAUCUAAAGUUAUCUUAAAAAAUCCUGUACUUCCAAGAACAUUAAUUAUAUUAAUAAACUGAAAAAUUUACAUGUACACAGACAAUGCCACUUCAGUUUCAUCCUAUUCAUAAGAGACAUCUGUCUUAAAGUCUGAAGCCGUUCAAAAGCGGCAUACCUCGGUUAUUUAAUAGGAAAAUAUUGCAUAUUUUCAAAAAAAUAUAUUGGCAGGUUUACAACUACACAUCACAGUAAUAACACCAACCUUUACCUAAGUAGGAUACAUUAGUGUUGAAAGUUCAAGGACAAUCAGAAGGGCAUUUCCAAGUUAUUGCAUCCCAACCAAUAUUGGGAUUGGUCUGUAUAUACUUACCCAGAGGGCACCUGCGCAUGCCCAUAGUUACAUCAACUCUUUCCUAGGGAUACACUCAAGUCUUGCCCUUUAGAUUAGGAAAAAGAUAUCCCAAUGUUUACCAAAGCAGAGCAUUGUUCCAGCAGUUUUCAUCACAGCUGAGUUGUGUUUCAGGAAUAUUUUCUUAAGUGCAGCAACGCUACAGCAAUGUGCAUCCCAAACAGUGCAAUGGUCAGCAAUAUUUUCCCCAGCAGAGUUCAGCUAUGAUGAUGGUCAACACAACAGAGUGUUUUUUAGUGUUCAACACAGCAAAACAGUGCUGAAGAAAAAACACAGGGUAAAACAGGAUACUCCUAGGUUAGACCCAUAAGGGUGAAAGGGAGAUUUGGAUAGUGGACGAGAAUUGGGGGAGAGGAAUGGUUGAGAGAUUGAAGGAAAGAGCCGGGGCUAAACCCAGCCGCUUGGCGUUGGUUGACCAGAGUAGAAAGAAAAGGCUACUUCUUGUGCUGACUGUGAGCUUGCUCCUGCAAAGCGGGAUCCGGAUUCAGAUGGCAGAGGACCGGGAAUAAUCAGUGCAUGUGCGUCAUGCGCGAUGUUUCUGUUUGCUUUUUCUCGAAUGCUAUUGUAGAUAGUUGGAGAGGAAUACGGAAUUCAUGGCUGGAAAAAAGGGCGUCUUUCAAAGUCCACCCCUGCAUAGGGUAGAACAGAAAAAAACAACUUUCAGACCAGCUUAUAUUGGGAACAAUAUAUAGAUCAUUAUCAAGUCAUUAUAAUACAUGUAUUCUCUGCGUAGAACUUAAUCAAAUCAGUACAAUUAGUGAAUUAUCAACAGAGAUCUUGUAAUAAUUAUGCAUAAUAUAUUUUUUAUGCAACAUAGCUUUGUCUGAAUCUGAAUCAAACAUGUUGAGAAAAUGACCCAGUUCUAUAUCCUUGAGUAUUUUUAGGAAGGCAGAGAACCAGCGAUGUCUGAACUGGAUCAACCGAAAUUAAAUGUUCAUGCUAGCUGAUGAUAACAAUUACACCAGAUGUGUAGCUGCAGAACCAAGUGACUGACAAAAACCUUGAUUUAUUUUGGUAGCUCAGCCAUCCGUGAAAUAUAUCCUUGUACUGCAUAACCCCAGACAUCUCUACGUCAAAAUUAUUCCAAAUUUUUUUUCUGAGAAAAAUUGGUCAUUGUUUAAGAAAUUCGUAAAUAAAUAUGAUUGUAUGUAA